UCCCGAAAAUUUUUUAUUUGAAUUUUUCUGCCUUCCUGAAUUUACCUCAAUUUUGAUCACAGGUUUUUCAUUUCAGACCACCUCAUUAAUAAUAUUGUUAUCAGUUAUUUUUUAAUUCGAUUUUGCCUACUUUUUCUUUCGUCUACUUGCCCCCCCCCAUUUGUACCCCUUUUCAAUAAUGUGUACCAAACAUUUUUCUCUUUAAUUAAGCCAAUACUGAUAAGUUUUUGUGGCCUAUGAUACCAGAUUUUUCAUUCAAUGUUUGGUUUCAUCUUCUCGUUCAUUUAAUUUUUGUCCCCAUUUUCUGCCUUUCUGAAUUUACCUCAAUUUUGAUCACAUUUUUUUCAUUCCAGACUACCUCUAAUUAUUAUUGUUGCUAUCAGUUAUUUUUUAAUUUGAUUUUGCCUUCUUUUUCUUCUGUCCCCUUUUUUUUCACCCCCCCCCUCCCAUUUGUACCCCAUUUCAAUAGUGUGUACCCAAUAUUUUUCUCUUUAAGCCAAUACUGAUAAACUAGAAUUUUUUCUGAUAAGUUUUUGUGGCCUAUAAUACCAGAUUUUUCAUUCAAUUUUUGGUCUCAUCUUCUCGUUCAUUUAAUUUUUGUCCCCAUUCCCUGCCCCCUCCCCCCUAAAAUUUUGUUAUUUGAAUUUUUCUGCCUUUCUGAAUUUACCUCAAUUUUGAUCACAUUUUUUUCAUUCCAGACUACCUCUAAUUAUUAUUGUUGCUAUCAGUUAUUUUUUAAUUCGAUUUUGCCUUCUUUUUCUUCCGUCCCCUUUUUUUUCACCCCCCCCUCCCAUUUGUACCCCAUUUCAAUAGUGUGUACCCAAUAUUUUUCUCUUUAAGCCAAUACUCAUAGACUAUAAAUAAUUUUUUGUGGCCUAUAAUACCGGUUGUUUCAUUCAAUUUUUGGUCUCAUCUACUCUUUUCAUUCAAUUUUUAUCAAAUCCUCAAAAAAUAUUCCCUUGUCUUUCUUACUGAAUUUACCUCAAUUCUGAUCACAUGUUUUUCAUUUAGAUUACUCCUAAUUAAAUAAAAAUAUUAUUCUUGAAUUGGACUCAUAAAAAUGAAGGAGGCUUCUCGAGGAGUAAAAAUUGCAUUUACAGUGAUUGGAGUUUUAGUUUUUCUCCUCUCGUUUAUUUUCGCUUUCCUAAACAACGUCCCUGUUGGUUUCGAGCAAGGAAACUCAACCGUAAAUGCAGCCGGGGAUAUAUUCAUCAACACCAUAGCUGACUUAGACGUUCGUUAUCCAGUCACGGUCGUGCCUCCAGCAUAUGUACUCGUCGUGAUAUGGCCACUUAUUUACUUUUGGAAUCUAAUUGGAGCUGCAUAUUUAGUCGCUUCCCUAUUCUUAUCCAAUGAGAAGAGUCCUGUACUGAGAGAGCCUGCAUUAUUUCCAAUAGGCUCUUUGGUCUUUUGGAGCUUGAGCUUUGGAUUUCCACUUGCCUGGCUAUUUGCUUUUGACAGAGAAAUCCUAUGGCUUUCGUUGUUUCUAAUCAUGGCAGGAGCAUGGUCAAUAUACGCUACACUUGGUUUCUCCUACGCAAGUUACUACAAGGAUAUACUAGUCCUAGAAGAACACAACUCCACAAUGCUGUGGCUUGUCCGAAUCAUUUUCCACAACGGACUUGGGAUCUUCGCCACCUGGCUAACGAUUGGUUGGAAACUUACUCUACAAACGACAAUUGCUUAUAAGGAUGGCGCAGGGGAUCAGUACCCUGCAGAUUUUAGAGGUUCUCUGACACCAGAAGAUGCCGGGACCAUUUCUUUUUCGAUUUUACUAUUUGAAAUUAUGUUAUGGUUCGUACUUGAAAACUUUGUAUUCGAGCCGUAUUGUCGCUACACAGUUACUAUCUACCCGACGCUAAUCUUUGCGUUAAGUUCAACGUUUUCAAAUGACUACGUCGUCCCGUACAGCAGGAAUUUGAUUAUUACUUUAGUCGGUUUGAUUUUGUCGAUUUUAGCUUUUCUAGCGAGAGUAGUACUAGUGUACUUUAGACAUAAAAAUCGUCCUCAAAUGGAAAAUUUUAGAAGCAAAAAAGAAGAGGUUGUAGAAAUGGAGAAUAUUUAGGAAAUGAUAUGAAUUACAUAUUUAUCCUGGGGAGAAAAAAGCCAAUAAGACGGCUUAAUAAUAUGGCAAACUGCGGGCUCUUGUCCAGUUAUCAGCAGUUAGUUACGUGAACCACCCUACGGCAGUGAGAAGUUCAGCAAUUCUCUUGCACAUAUCGUAAUUAUCCCACGCAGGAUUCUAACUUCCGUACCCACGCAAGAGGUUUGAUGACGAACCUUUCAAGACUUCGUCGCCACAUCACCGAGAAGUGUGUUAUAAUUGAGGCAAUAGGCAGAGCCCAAUAAAAAAAAUUUCCACCAUCUUAAAUUAAAAUCUUGUAUUUGUGUAGAAUAUUUUGAUAACUCCAAAUUUCAUAAUUUUUUACUUGACAUUGUAUUGUUUUUGUUCCUCAAAGUUAUCUACAUAUUGCAGUAUCUUUAACUGAUUUAAUGUGCAAACUUUUAAUAUCUUGAAAGGUAAUCCUUAAUCAUGCCAUUGUUGCCAAGAUAGCAAGUUGUCAAUUUUUUUUAUUUUUUAUAUAUUUUUUGUUUUCAUAUAUAGGAUUUAUUUUUUGCCAAGAUUUGCCAAAUUUUGUUAUUUUUUUAGGAACAGUGCAGGUUUUAAUAAAUUUAUUAAUAAGAACAAAACAUGUAAUAAUUUAUGUCUUUUGAGUUCUAUUACAGUUCUUUCACGCCUGUAUGAAAAGGCUAAAGUUUGUGAAAAAGUUGAGAUUCAUGUUUUCUGUUUUAUUUGGGUUACAGCUUUUUAUAUUUUUUUUUAUUUUUUUUGUAUAGAAAGUGCUAAUUUUUGUAAUAAUUUGAUAAAAAUAUAUCCCUGAUCAAUUAUCUCUUUAAAACAUUUAUUUUACCUUUUAUAUUGCAUAUAGUUUGUCAUAUUUUUAUUUCUUUUAAAUUCUUUCCCAUUUUUUCAAAUUUCAAGCAAAAUAUUGUGGAUUAAAGAUGUUUUUAAUUCUUGGAUAUUGCUUAUGUUAUUUUUAUUGCAAGACUGUUCCCAUUUUCCUGAAUUUUUACAACAAUAUCGGAAUUUGGUAGUUUUUGUUUCAGAACUAUAUUACUCAGAGUGUUCAACUUAUUUUUAUUGCAAAAGUGUUCUGGAUUUCUAACACAAUUUUUAAUCAAAUCACUUUUUAUGAAUUCAUAAUUUUGCAAAUUUUUUCAAUAUGUGGUGUCCAAUUUCCCCCUAUUUUAAGAGUUCCCAAUUGUUCGAAUUAAACACAAUUCUUGGAAGAAUGACUUUUUAAAACAUAUUGGAGUGAGACUUUGAGGAUUAAAUUUGAGAGGAAUUUUUUUUUAUAUGUGGUGUCCAAUUUCCCUCUUUUUUCCCAAUUGUUCGAAUUAAACACAAUUCUUGGAAAAAUGAUUUUUUAAAACAGUUUAACAAAUAUUACAAAAUAAUACAAACUAUUCCUUUAAAACUAAUGUGUGGGCAAAAACAUAUGACAUAUUUAUCUUUUUUAACAUGUCGAAUGUUCCCUAUUUUUUGUUCUGAAUUUAACACAAUUUUUUAAACAAAUUACAUUUUAUGAAUUCAUGAAUUUUGUAAAUUUUUUUAAUAUGUGGUGUCCAAAUUUCCCUUUUCUUAAGUGUUCCCAAUUGUUCGAAAUAAACACAAUUAUUGGAAGAAUGACUUUUUAAAACAUAUGUGAGACUUUGAGGGUUGAAAUCCCAAUUUUUUCCAAUUAGACCACUACCUGUUACGAUUUAACUUGACAAUUUUCAGAACUCCCCUGUUUCAAAAUUCUUGGCUAAGGCCAUGCCGACACUAGUAUAAUAUUUCACUGCCAUCCCUAUUUUGUCUUGCAUGCUUUUAUGCGAUUUUUAAAAAAUUCAAAAAAAUAUUCGUUUAAAAUUAAUGCAUGGACAUAUUCAUCUUUUUCAACAUGUCAAAUGUUCCCUAUUUUUUUCCUAUUCCUAUUUGUUCAUAUCCCAAAAAUUUGACAAAAUUAUGUUUUUAUUUUUGCAAAAAAUAUACCUCAUCUGUCACAUUCAAGCCACCAUUGAUCAAAGACUCUCGGCAUCUUAGUGCAUUGAAUUUGAAAUAAUGCUUUUUUACUCAAAAUAAUAUGUGAAUAAUAGUUAUUUUUCCUGCUGUGUUGGCAAGAACUUCAUGUCAUAAUUAUCUUUUCAAACAUGCUUGACGUUUCCAAUUGGAUAUUUCUAAAAUUUUCUCAAUUUUCUAAACAGUACAUUUUUUACACAUAUUAAUAUUUAAAAUUAGUAUAAUAUCUCUCCCUUAUUGGCAAAAACCUAUGUCACAACUACCUAUUCAAACAUACAUAAUGUUUCCAAUGUAUUGUCUUGCCUCCUUUUAUCAAUAUAUCAAUUAACCCAAAAUUUAACAAUACAAUCUUUUAUACAGAAUAAUGCUUAAAACUAGUUGUUUUUUUCUCCUGUGUUGACAAACAUAAUUACCAAUCGAACAUGUCAAAGUUUCGAUUUAUUGUCUUGCAUCCUUUUUAAAAAAUUCAAUAAUGCAUUUUUUACACAGAAUACUAUUUAAAAAUAGUACUAUAUGUCUCCCGUGUUGGCAAAAACCUAUGGCACAAUUACCCAUUUAAACAUGUACAUUUCCAAUUUAUUGUUUUGCAUACUUUUAUGAAUUGAUCAAUUGACCAAAUUUUUUUUACAUUUUCCAUACAGAA